AUGUUUCUGUUGAGGCAGCAUGCGAUGAUUUAUUAUUCUGCCUGGCAAGAGAUGAGAGUGACUAUGUCACCAGUCAAUAUAUCUGCAAUCCCUUUACAGCGAAAUGCUUCUGCUCCCUCCAUCUCCGUAGAGAAGAAGCUAUACACCACGUGUACAGCUUCUGUGUUUGAUGCCACUGAUUGUGUAUCUGAUGCCAUGCCACAAUUUGACAUAGUGCCAGAAGACAUCCGAACGCUCAACAUGGUUUCUGCCAUACUCGAGAAGCCUUAUCGCAAUCCAAGCCCCAGCUCCACUCUUUCUAGGUUGACCUUUCACCGUGUGGAUUUAGGGAUAGAGCUCCUAGAUGAUCAUCGUUUGAAGCUUAGAGCGAGACGAAGGUUGUAA